AUAGAGUUAAACAGUGGGACGUCCCACUCCAAGGUUUGACUGGGCCUGCCCACUGCAAAUGUCUUCUGUGUCAACUUGUGUUGCUGUUAGAUAGUUCCAGACCCCUGCUCUAGCUGACUUCUCCAUUGGCUUGCCUGCUUGCUGAAGCGAAGCCUGAAUCCCAAGAUGAGGGUGUGGAUCGUCUUCCUUUUGUGCCUUGCUGGAAAGGCCCUGGCUGCCCCAGCCGAAGAGGAGCCAGUCAUUGAUGAGCAGGUAGAAGUAGGAUCCAACCCAGUUCAAGUGGAGACCGGAGAGUUUGAUGAAGCCAUUGAGGUUGUGGAGGAUGUUGCUGCAGAGAACCCCUGCCUCAACUAUCACUGCAAGAAGGGCAAGGUGUGUGAGCUUGAUGACAACAACGAGCCCCUGUGUGUGUGCCAGGAUCCCCUGACGUGCCCUGCCCCAGUAGGAGAGUUUGAGCAUGUCUGUGGCACCGACAACAAGACCUAUGACUCCUCCUGCCACUUCUUUGCCACCAAAUGUGCUCUGGAGGGCACCAAGAAGGGCCACAAGCUGCACCUGGACUACAUUGGACCCUGCAAAUACAUCGCUCCAUGCCUGGAGAAUGAACUGGGUGAGUUCCCCCUGCGUAUGAGGGACUGGCUGAAGAACGUGAUGGUCACUUUGUAUGAGCGUGAUGAGGACAACAAUCUGCUGAAUGAGAAACAGAAGCUAAGGGUAAAGAAGAUCUUUGAGAACGAGAAGCGUCUGCAGGCUGGUGACCACUCUCUGGAUCUGCUGGUCCUGGACUUUGAGAAGAACUACAACAUGUAUGUCUUCCCUGUGCACUGGCAGUUCGGCCAGCUCGACCAGCACCCCUCUGAUGGCUUUCUGUCCCACACUGAGCUGGCCCCUCUGCGUGCCCCUCUCAUUCCCAUGGAGCACUGCACCACCAGCUUCUUCGAGGCAUGUGAUGCUGAUCAGGACAAGUACAUCGCUCUAGAGGAGUGGGCCAACUGCUUCGGCAUUAAAGAGCAGGAUGUCGACAAGGACCUUAUUGUCUAAAAACUGGCCACCAUUGAUGCUUUCUAGUUAGCCUGCUAUUGGGACAAGGUGCUAACAAUUCCCAUUAAUGGUGCUAUUUGCAAUUUCCAGUAACCUAUGUAUACCACUAAGAUUUAAAAAAAAAAAAAUUAAAAAGGAAAAAUGCACAGUCCACAUCUACAAUCACAGAAAGUGAUAAUAGCUUCCCAUUAAAAAAAAUUCUUGUUGGCAUUAUUUUUUCCAAAAUGUGCAAAUGGUAAAGCUAACUGAAUGAAUAGAGUGGACAUUUAAAAUGUCUGAACAUCAGAAUGGCAAGAUAAACGAUGGACUUUGAACGUCGGAAGCCUUGUUUGGAUGUUUAUGCACAAAGAGUUAAAUAUGUUUUAAAAGAAUCAGGGCUUGAUUUUAAUGUCAGUUUUAAAGAUAUUGAGGAGAACUUGUAAAAAGGAAAAAAAAUAAAGUUUCCAAAUAAAUGUCCUUUCUGCUUGCUUUAUAAA